AUGGCUCUUCCGUCAAAGAGAAAGCUCUUCACUGAGAACGAAGAAUAUAACGAGAGCUAUGUGCUUCUCUUCACCAUCGCAUCCUCGGUCAUCUGGAUCAUGGUACCCGGUUUGGCUUUUCUAUAUUCGGGAUUGCUGAGAAGAAAGUCUGCACUUUCCAUGAUUUGGAUCGUCAUUGUAUCGUCGUUUGUCGGUAUCUUCCAGUGGUACUUCUGGGGUUACUCCUUGGCAUUCACAGCUUCCAACAACAACUUUAUUGGAAGCUUGGAUGCUUUUGGUUUCAAGCAUGUGGUUGGUAAAACCGGCCCAGACGCAGAGUACCCAGAGAUCGCUUUUGCUAUCUUUCAAAUGCAGUUUUUGUUGGUUACAUUGGCCAUUUUGGCAGGUGCCUGCGUGGCCGAAAGAGGUCGUUUCUUACCCGCCAUGGUGUUCAUGUUCUUUUGGGCUACCCUCGUGUAUUCUCCUGUAGUGUACUGGAUUUGGGGUGGAGGCUGGGCCUCCUCAUGGAACGGAGGUGUUUUGGACUAUGCCGGUGGAGGACCUGUGGAGAUCUUAUCUGGUGUUUCUGCGUUUGUCUACUCUGCCUUUUUGGGUAGAAGAAACGAGAACUUGAUGAUCAACUACAGACCUCACAACAUCUCCACUAUCUUUUUGGGUACAUGUCUCUUGUACAUGGGAUGGUUGUUCUUCAACGGAUUCUCAUGUGCCAAUGCAUCGGUCAAAGUGCCUUACUCCAUGUUAAACACACACUUGUGCGGAGCUUUUGGUGCCAUCAGUUGGUGUCUUUUGGAUUUCCGUUUGGAGAAUAAGUGGUCGAUGGUAGCUGUGUGUUCCGGAUGUAUUUCCGGAUUGGUUGCAGCCACUCCAUCUUCCGGAAUGAUUCCACUUUGGGCUUCGGUCAUCUUGGGUAUUGUAGCCGGUGUGGUGUGUAACUUUUCCACCAAAAUCAAGUACUUGUGCCGUGUGGACGACUCUCUUGAUGUGUUGGCAGAGCACGGAAUCGCAGGUAUGGUUGGAUUGAUCUUCAACGGUAUUUUCGGUUCGGCCACCGUGAUUGGCUACGACAAUGUUUCGGAGCACACUGGAGGCUGGCUCGACCACAACUGGAAGCAGUUGUACAUCCAGAUCGUCUACAUCUUGGCUACGACGGCUUAUUCGGCUGGUGUGACCGCCGUCUUGUGUUUCGUCAUUGACCGUAUUCCUGGCUUGAAGUUGAGAGUUGACUACAACGCUGAGGAGGCUGGUGUUGACGAGGACCAGAUCGGAGAGUUUGCCUACGAUUACGUCGAAGUGAGAAGAGACUUUUUGGAUUGGGGAGUCCCUCUGGAGAAGGCCACAGAGCACCAUAGUGCUGCUGUGUCGGUCAACGAGGGACAGGUUUUUACAGCUGUUGAGGGCGAGACUUCCAGCAACGAGCAAGCUACUGGCGAAAAGCAGAACUAG